AUGGCUGAAGCACUCCCCAUCCGCUUCCAGGAGCAUGUGCAGCUUCAAAACUUGGGCAUCAGCGCCGCCGCCAUCUCCUUCAACACCCUCACACUUGAAUCAGACCGUUUCAUCUGUGUUCGUGAGACAACCGGCGAGCAAAACUUGGUCGUCAUCAUCGACUUGACAGAUCCCAACAAUGUCAUUCGUCGUCCCAUUACAGCCGACUCGGCUAUUAUGAACCCUGCCUCCAAGGUCAUUGCUCUGAAAGCCGGCCGACAGUUGCAGAUUUUCAAUUUGGAGAUGAAGACCAAAGUAAAGUCGCACCUUAUGCACGACGACGUUGAAUUCUGGAAGUGGAUCUCGUUAAAAUCGUUGGCGCUUGUCACCAGCACCUCGGUUUACCAUUGGUCGAUGGAGGGCGAUUCUCAACCCAUCAAGGUCUUUGAUCGCCACGCGAGUCUGAGCGGAAACCAGAUUAUCAACUACCGCGUCAACUCUGAUGAAAAGUGGAUGCUCCUCGUCGGUAUCUCAUCACAGGGUGGCCGUGUUGCCGGUGCCAUGCAGCUCUACUCCAAGGAUCGUGGAGUCAGUCAGCCAAUAGAAGGUCAUGCUGCUGCUUUCGCCCAGCUCAAGUUGGACGGAGGAAGCUCACCCACAAAACUGUUUGCCUUUGCCGUCCGUACUGCCGUAGGAGCCAAGCUUCACAUUGUCGAGGUUGAUCACAAGGAAGGAAACCCUGUCUACCCCAAGAAGGCUGUUGAUGUUUACUUCCCCCCAGAGGCCAGCGGUGACUUCCCUGUCGCCAUGCAGAUCAGUCAAAAGUACAGCAUCAUCUUCUUGAUCACAAAGUUCGGCUUCAUCCACCUCUACGACCUCGAGACCGGCACCUGCAUCUACAUGAACCGUAUCAGUGGCGAGACCAUCUUUGUGACUGCAGAGCACGAAGCAACCAGCGGUGUCAUUGGAGUCAACCGCAAGGGUCAAGUCCUCUCCGUCAGUGUGGACGAGGACAACUUGGUUCCUUAUAUUGUCAACACCCUCGGCAACACUGAGCUCGCCCUCAAGGUGGCAUCGCGCAGCGGUCUCGCCGGCGCCGAUGAUCUUUAUGUCCAGCGUUUCCAACAACUCUUCCAGAGCGGUGACUUUGCCGAGGCUGCCAAGGUCGCAGCUUCUUCGCCCAAGGGUAUUCUUCGUACUCCCCAGACCAUUGAGCGCUUCAAGCAGGCCCCCGUGGCCCCUGGUCAGCUCUCCCCUAUUCUGCAGUACUUUGGCCUCCUCUUGGAGAAGGGGGAGCUUAACAAGCACGAAUCAUUGGAGCUUGCCAGACCAGUUCUUGCCCAGGGUCGCAAGCAGUUGCUCGAGAAGUGGCUCAAGGAGGACAAGCUGGAGUGCAGUGAGGAGCUGGGAGACAUUGUCAAGCAGCAGGAUUUGAACCUUGCGUUGUCUGUCUACCUCCGUGCCAAUGUCCCUAACAAGGUCAUUGCAUGCUUUGCUGAGACCAAGCAGUACCCCAAGAUUAUCCUGUACGCCAACAAGGUCGGAUACUCCCCUGACUAUGCCACGCUCCUUCAGCACAUCAUGCGCAUGGAUCCCGACAACGGUGCCGAAUUUGCCACCCUUCUCGCCAAUAACGAGGGCGGACCCCUGGUUGACCUGGAGAAGGUCGUCGAUGUGUUCCUGUCCCAGAACAUGAUCCAGCAGGCCACCGCUUUCUUGUUGGAGGCAUUGAAGGACAACUUGCCUCAGCAUGCUCACCUCCAGACCCGCUUGCUGGAGAUGAACUUGAUGCACGCCCCCCAGGUCGCCGACGCCAUCCUCGGCAACGAAAUGUUCACCCACUACGACCGCGCUUCGGUCGCCUCCAUGUGCGAGAAGGCCGGACUCUACCAGCGCGCAUUGGAGCAUUACACCGAGGAUGCCGAUAUUAAGCGCGUCUUGGUCCAUACCCAUCUCUUGCAGCCCGACUGGGUUGUUGCCUACUUUGGCCGCCUCUCAGUCGAGCAGUCGGUCUCUUGCUUGCGUGAGAUGUUGAGCUCCAACAUGCGCCAGAACUUGCAGAUCGUUGUCCAGGUCGCCACCAAGUACUCUGAACAGUUGGGUGCCUCCAAGUUGAUUGAACUCUUUGAGUCGUUUAACACUUUUGAGGGUCUUUACCACUACUUGGGUUCCAUUGUCAACCUGAGCCAGGAUCCCGAGGUCAUCUACAAGUACAUCGAGGCAGCCUGCAAGACCGGCCAGAUCAAGGAGGUCGAGCGCAUCUGUCGCGAGUCCAACUACUACAACCCCGAAAAGGUCAAGAACUUCCUCAAGGACGCCAAGUUGGCCGACCAGCUUCCUUUGAUCAUUGUCUGCGACCGUUUCGACUUUGUCCACGACUUGGUCCUCUACUUGUACCAGAACAACUUGUCCAAAUACAUCGAGACCUACGUUCAAAAGGUCAACCCCUCCAGGACCCCUGCCGUCAUCGGUGCGCUCUUGGACGUUGGUUGCGACGAGUCUGUCAUCAAGAGCUUGUUGAUGACCGUUCGUGGUGACAUGCCCGUUGGAGAGUUGGUCGACCAAACCGAGAAGCGCAACCGCUUGAAGCUUCUCUUACCUUGGUUGGAGGUGAAGGUCAACGAGAGCAGCCAGGACCCCGAGGUUUACAACGCCAUUGCCAAGAUUUACAUCGACAGCAACAACAACCCCGAGCCCUUCCUCAGGAACAACACCUUCUACGACUCUAUGACCAUCGGAAAGUACUGCGAGAAGCGCGAUCCCUACCUUGCCUUCAUUGCCUACGAGCGUGGCCAGUGCGAUGUCGAGUUGGUUGAGAUCACCAACAACAACUCGAUGUUCAAGCACCAGGCCCGCUACUUGGUCAAGCGUCGCGAUGCCAACCUUUGGGCGCACGUCUUGAGCAACGACAACCCCAGCCGUCGUGCAUUGAUCGAUCAGGUCGUCGCCACCGCCUUACCCGAGACCCAGGAUCCCGAGGAUGUCUCUAUCACCGUCAAGGCUUUCAUGGCUGCCUACUUGCCCAACGAACUGAUUGAGCUUUUGGAGAAGAUCAUCCUCGAGAGCUCUGCCUUCAGCGACAACCGCAACCUCCAGAACCUUUUGAUCUUGACCGCUAUUCAGGCUGACAAGUCCAAGGUCAUGGACUACAUCAACCGUCUGGAUAACUUUGACGCCCCCGAUAUUGCCGACCACGCCAUCCGCAACGGAUUGUACGAGGAAGCCUUUGUCAUCUACCAGCGCCAUGACGUCCAUGCCAGCGCCAUCAACGUUCUCAUUGAGCACAUUGGCAGUAUCGACCGCGCCUACGAGUACGCUGAGAAGACCGACACCCCCGAGGUCUGGAGCCGUCUCGGUAAGGCCCAGUUGGACGGUAUGCGCAUCAAGGAGGCCAUCGACUCGUACAUCCGUGCCAAUGAUCCCACCAACCACGCCGAAGUGGUCGCCCUUGCCUCGCGUGCCGACAAGCACGAGGAUGUAGUCCGGUACUUGCAAAUGGCUCGCAAGAUUUCGCGUGAGCCUUCAAUCGAGUCGGAGCUUCUCUUUGCCUAUGCCAAGACUGAUCGCCUGAUCGAUAUGGAGGAGAUUCUCAACGGUUCUCCCAACGCUGCCCAGGUCCAGGUCAUCGGAGACCGCUGUUUCGAGGAGAAGAUGUACGCCCCCGCCAAACUCCUCUACUCGAGCAUCUCGAACUGGUCUCGCCUCUCGACCACCUUGGUCCACUUGGGAGAGUACCAGGCGGCCGUCGAUGGUGCCCGCAAGGCUAACAGCACCCAGGUCUGGAAGGAUGUUCAUGCCGCCUGUAUGGAGCGCAAGGAGUUCCGUUUGGCACAGGUGUGCGGUCUGUCGUUGGUUGUUCACCCCGAGGAGUUGACUGAGUUGAUCCACGUUUACGAGAACCAGGGCUUCUUUGAUGAGUUGAUGGCCUUGCUCGAGUCCGGUUUGGGCUUGGAGCGUGCUCACAUGGGCAUGUUCACCGAGUUGGCCAUCCUCUAUGCUCGUUACCGCCCUGAGCGCAUGAUGGAGCACCUCAAGAUUUUCUGGUCGCGCAUCAACAUUCCCAAGGUCAUUGCCUCUUGCGAGGAGGCUCACCUCUGGACCGAGCUCGUCUUCUUGUAUGUCCACUACGACGAAUACGACAAUGCUGCGAUCACCAUGAUGAAGCAUUCUGCCGACGCCUGGGAGCACAGUGCGUUCAAGGAUGUGGUGGUCAAGGUGUCGAACCUCGAGAUUUACUACAAGGCCCUCCGCUUCUACCUGGAUGAGCAGCCUAUGCUCUUGAACGACCUUUUGGUUGUCCUUGUGCCCAGAAUUGACCACAACCGCGUCAUCCAGAUGUUCCAGAAGUCGGACAACUUGCCCCUGAUCAAGAACUACCUCGUCUCUGUCCAGUCGGUCAACAACCUCGCCAUCAACACUGCCUACCACGACCUGUUGAUUGAGGAGGAGGACUAUGCCCGUCUCCGCAAAUCUGUUGACACCAACAGCAACUUUGACAACAUUGCCCUGGCCAACCGUCUGGAGAGCCACGAGCUCCUCGAGUUCCGCCGCAUUGCCGCCCACCUGUUCAAGCGCAACAAGAAGUGGCGCCAGUCGAUGACUCUUUCGAAGCAGGAUCGUCUGUACAAGGAUGCCAUGGAGACUGCUGCCGAGUCUCAGGAUACAUCUGUCGCUGAGGAGUUGUUGCAGUACUUUGUCGAGUCUGGCCACAAGGAGUGCUUUGCCGCCUGUCUGUAUAUCUGCUACGACCUUGUCCGUCCUGACAGAGUUAUGGAGCUGGCAUGGAGACACCAAUUGACAGACUUUGCUAUGCCCUACAUGGUCCAGUUCACGCGAGAGUAUGUUGACAAGGUCGACAAGUUGGAGAAGGCGCAUGAGGAGCGGACGGCCAAGGAGAGCAAGGAGCGUUCUUCGGAGACGCCCAUUCUCGGACCUGGCGGUCUGGGCAACACUAUGAUGAUCACUGCUGGACCAGGGAUGAUCCCACCCCAGCAGACCGGCAUGAACAUGGGAUACGGCCAGAACAGCUUUGGAUUUUAA